UCUCACUAACCCCCCACACAAACCCUAGCCAAUUCCACCUAUCUAGCCCUUCCCCUCCCGCCACGCCUCCAAUCGCACCUCCGCCGCGCCGCCCCCAAAACCCUAGCCGCCGCCAUGGUCGCCUUCAGCCGCCCCCUCGUCUCCGUCAAGGCUCUGGAGGGCGACAUGGCCACCGACUCCGCCGGCCUGCAAUACCCCGCCGUCCUCAACGCGCCGAUCCGCCCCGACUGGGUCCGCAUCGUACACAGGCUGCUGUCCUGCAACAAGCGCCAGCCCUACGCCGUUUCUCGCCGGGCUGGCCACCAGACGUCGGCGGAGUCCUGGGGCACCGGGCGCGCGGUGUCCCGUAUCCCUCGUGUCCCCGGAGGCGGCACCCACCGCGCCGGCCAGGGAGCCUUCGGCAACAUGUGCCGCGGAGGACGCAUGUUCGCGCCCACCAAGAUCUGGCGCAAGUGGCACCGCCGCGUCAAUGUCCACCUCCGCCGCGUCGCCGUCGCCUCGGCCCUCGCCGCAACCGCCGUACCGGCCCUCGUCCAGGCGCGCGGGCACCGCAUCGAGGCCGUCCCCGAGCUCCCCCUUGUCAUCUCCGACUCGGCCGAGUCCAUCGAGAAGACCUCCCAGGCGCUCAAGAUCCUCAAGCAGGUCGGCGCCUACGCCGACGCAGAGAAGGCCAAGGACUCCGUGGGAAUCCGCCCCGGCAAGGGUAAGAUGCGCAACCGCCGCUACAUCAACCGCAAGGGUCCGCUCAUCGUCUACGGCACCGAGGGAUCCAAGAUCGUCAAGGCCUUCCGCAACCUCCCCGGUGUGGAUGUCGCCAACGUCGAGCGCCUCAACCUGCUCGACCUCGCCCCCGGUGGCCACCUCGGGCGCUUUGUGAUCUGGACCGAGAGCGCGUUCAAGAAGCUUGAGGAGGUGUAUGGAACCUUUGAUGCGCCUUCGCAGAAGAAGAAGGGCUUCGUGCUGCCGAGGCCCAAGAUGGCCAACGCUGACCUUGGCAGGAUCAUUAACUCUGACGAGGUGCAGUCUGUGGUGAAGCCACUCAACAAGGAGGUGAAGCGCAGGGAAAAGAGGAAGAACCCGCUCAAGAACGUGGCUGCCGUGCUCAAACUCAACCCUUACUUGGGCACUGCCCGCAAGAUGGCCACCCUUGCUGAAGCAUCCCGCGUCAAGGCCAGGAAGGAAAAGCUUGACUCCAAGAGGACCAAGCUUAGCCCGGAGGAAGCUGCCAAGGUUAAGGCUGCUGGAAAGGCAUGGUACAAGACCAUGAUCUCAGACAGCGACUACACAGAGUUUGAGAACUUCUCAAAGUGGCUUGGCGUGACACAGUAAAGCAAGCAAUCUAGUUAAGUUUUGAGUAGUGUCGCUGAACUUAUCUGGAGAGGAUUUAUCAUUCUGUUUUUUUUUAUCCUGCUAUCAUCAUAAGAAGUUACCUACCUGUGGGAUUUUGAGACCCAAGGCUGUCCGCUUUGUUAAUGCGUUGCUGUGAGAAUGGGCAGUUUCGAACCGGUUAUCAAAAUUAUCCAUGUGGUUUGAUUCAA